AUGGAAAUAGAUGAUGCGGGGAUGGACAAUGACUUUGAUGACGGUGGCAGCAAUUUGAUGGAAGACGACACGAAUGAGGAGAUUCUCGAUGUUGACCAAGCAUUUGAGGAGAUAACAGAAUUGGAUGACUAUUCUUUUCCUAUACAGUCGACCUUUGUUCAAGACACGAAUCCAAGUCUUAAUGUCAGGUCCUAUGCAAACUCAAGAGCAACAUCUGCCUUUUCCUACUCCUAUUUCUUCAACUGA